AAGCUUUUGGGUUUUCAUUGCUAAAAAAAAAUAUAUGUGCUCUUGCUGACACGAUUGAAGCUCGUUUCGCUUUAACUUUUACAUGCGUUCAAUUUUCUUCUAAAAAUUGGGAUCACGGAAACGAGUCAUUCACUAAAUUGGCUAUAAAAAUGGAAUGGUUUGGUGGCUCUAUUUCAGAAGCUGUGGCUCUGGCAAAGAGAACUAAGAAAUUGUUCCUAGUUUAUAUAGAAGGUUCAGAUGAUAUGUCAAAAAAUAUGACUGUUACUUAUGACAAUCCUGCUGUAGCUCGGAAAUUAUCUUCUGAAAAAGUUGUUGCGUUAAAACUGGUUGCUAACAGUGUACCAUACGUCCAGUUUUGUGCCAUAUAUCCUGUUCUAGUUAUACCUUCAUCCUAUUUUAUUGGAGCUAAUGGAGCUCCCAUUGAAAUUGUAACUGGAAAUUUAACAUCUACGGAGUUCAUUACCAAAAUUGACCAAGUUUUUCAAUCUUGUGAAAUUAAUCAAACAACGAAUUCUGAAUCCAGUUCUGCUGCCGUAGCAUCUUCGUCAGCUGCAAUAGCCUCUACUUCUAUUUCAGAACCAUCACCAAGUACUUCAGCAUUAGAUAAUCCUACCAAUUCAAUAGGAGCUUCUGCAUCCCAAGUGGCCACAGAACCUGAAAGUAAAGAUUCUUUGCAAGAAAGACUGGAUAGAGCAAAAAAUUUGAUUGAAGCUCAAAGACAAAGCAAAUCAAUGGAAGAACAAGAACUGGAAAAAAGAAGAGAAAUAGAAAGAAGAAAUGUUGGCAAGGCUGUGCAGCAAGCUCAACAAACUAAACAAGAAAAUGAACUCAAAGAAUGGGCAAGAAGCAGAGCUAAAGAGAAAGAGGAAGAAAGACUAGCUCGUGAAAAAGUUAAAGCUAUGAUAGCCCAAGAUAGAGCUGAAAGAGCUGCAAAAUAUCAACUAACAAAAGAAGCCGAACAAGCAGAAAAAGAAAGGCUUGCUCAAGUUAGAGAAGCUCAGGCGAAUGCUGCCAGAAUUUCUGCUAUGAACAGCAACGAAGCUCGUUUACAGUUCCGCCUUCCAGAUGGUUCUUCCAGGAAUCAUACUUUUUCUGCAGAUUCUACUCUUGAACAAGCUAGGACGUUUGUAAGAGAGCAAGUACAGCCUCCGUUUUCCCAUUUCACUUUGUGUACAACAUUUCCAAGAAGGCAUUUUACAGAAUCAAACUAUUCAGAAACUUUAAGAGAUCUACAACUGGCACCAUCUGCUGUACUUUUGAUUCUUCCUGCUCAGGCUGUCACUAGUGUUAACCAAGGUGUUGGAUUUUUAUCCAAUCUGUUUUGGACUCUUAUGUCACCUCUAACUACGAUUUGGAGAUUCAUAACGGCUUUUUUCACGGGAACGCCUUCACGUCCUGAACCCAGUCCAGCACCAGAAGCUCCUCCGAACACACAGUCAACCACCUCUAAAACUAAUCAGCCCGGCAGUAGUGACAGCACCAGCCAAUCCGUUAGAAGACGAGAGCCUACAAUUUACAGGCGUGAUGGAAACAUUUUUCGGCUGAACAAUCAAAGCGAUGAUGAGGAAAAUAGCACGUAUAACGGAAAUUCAACUCAGCAAAUGUAGAAGAGUGAAGUUUUUGCAAAUGGAGUCUUUGAAAUGUAUCUUUAAAAGUCAUAUAUCUUUUAAUUUUCUUGGUGCAUGUUUACUUGCACAAAUCAGUUAGCAACUUGUUUUUUAUAAAAUAUAAAUGAAUUUAUGUAUAUUAUAAUGCUUUGUGAAAAUAAAAUAUUUCAGAGAA